AUGAAGUGGGUACAUGAUGACCAUAUCAUUGGCACUGUCCCUGCCACAUCUUCUCUUGCAUCUAUGUCCUGGCUUUUAUCACAUUACUGUAAAGUAUGUUGGGUAGCCCUGUAAGCCCUAAUAGAGACUGUAACAUCUAAUUUUUCCUUAUAUUUGUCGCAAAACUAAAGGAGGAAAAAGAAUAAGUAGUAUUGUCAUAAGGGCCUUAAGAAAUGUUUGGAGAACACUGUGAGGAAAUUCCCUUUUAGUGGAUAAGCGAAGGUUGCGGCUUAAAUAGUCUCUCUCUGCCACAGAGGUUUGUUGGAGCAUUUGUGUUUAGUAAGUGCAGUCGCGAAUGCGAAAAGAUCUUCAAGUAGCUAAUUUAACACUUGACCUUGCUUUUUCAAUGGAUUUUCUCUAAAUGAAAAAAAUCCCAUUGAACCUCUAAGCAGCAGAGAUCCAAAAGAGACGCAUUGGGACUUGUCAGUAAGCUUCCUGUCAACUGUUGCAACACCUUUAAGUCCUGAUUAAUUAUUAUUAAUUUUUUCUUGUUUGCUGUUUGUGCCGUGUGCUCACCCACCAAUUUAGUUUGCCCAUUCCUGGAUGGAACUGCAAAAUGCAAUUGCCUAUCACAGCAUUCUCAAACAUUUUUCACAUACUUUUCAUACAGUACUAGUUAGGAGAAAUAUUAAAGAUUGAUACAAAGUAUGCCCUCUGUGAGAAGUGUCUUGUUUAUGUAUGACUUUCCAUAAUAACCUGGAGAAGUCAUGGAAAAGCAGUACAGGGACUGAAAGGUGUGAUGAUUAUUAUUUUUGGAAAGAUUACCUCACUUGUUGUAAUGAUAGCAUUGUUUAUACAAGGGCUAUUUGAUUUCUGUGUGCAAUUUCACCUUGGUGUAUAUACAAUAUGCUUAUAAUGAGAAAACUAUACAAGUUCUUGACCACAGUGUUAUCUCAGAAAGACAACAUAAAAUUGAACGAAAUUGAAAAUGAAAGGCUUUUGUUGUCGUUGCUACAUGGUUGCUAAGCCGUAUACAUCAUGAAACAAGCCGUUGUAAAUUAUUCCACUCCCUUAAAACUGCUAUUACCAAUUACUCGUUCUUAUUCGCAGUGAAACUUGGCUUAUAGAAGAAAUUAAUUUCAAACGACAGAAAGAACUGCUUAAUGUCACCACAGGUAGCCCAAGCUCGAAAUAUGAGCAUCGGCGAGCAUCGGCAUUGUUGCGUAACAUUCAAAAUAUAAGGAUUUGUAUGGGGAAAAAGCCCAACGGUUUCCGUAACCUACGAAAAUGAAAGGAUUUAUGGCCGCCUUAUGGGUUUUUAUGUAAACGGUUUUCUCUCUAGAGAGAGAAAACCGUUUACAUAAAAACCCAUAAGACGGCCAUAAAUCGGCCCGUGGACCACACAGGAGAGACGUAACACACAUUUUAAGUAAGGUAAGCUUUUUUUUAUUGAAAUCCUUUCAUUUUCGUAGGUUUCAGAAACGGUAGGUUUUUUUCCCAUACAAUUCCUUAUAUUUUGAAUGUUACGCAACAAUGCCGAUGCUCGCCGAUGCUCAUAUUUCGAGCUUGGGCUACCUGUGAUGUCACACAGAUUUAUCUUCUAAGGGUUAUAUCAAAUGUUACAGACAAAAAGAAUGAACUUUGGAAAACUGUCAAGCUAACAAGUUUUCAAAAACCACAAUCAGGGGAGGGGGCCCCAUUUUAGGGGGCAUUAAACACGAAGUGGUGAGAACUUAAUCAAUGGGUGCGAGCCUAAUUAUGUUUUAUUGCAGAGGCAGUCGACUUCACUAUGGCAUUGACAUCAAUUGUGAUGCUGGGUCCUCGGUCCAUUCACCUUUUUCUGCUCAAGUAAUUAGGAUAAGUAGAACCUAUGGAAAUGGCAAGCCACAUGACACCAAUAUUUACAUG